ACGGAAACGGUGAAAUAAAUGUCCAACUUUGACCUGGGGCAUCAAAACUGAGUGCCGCUUUUUCUGUCCACUGCGAGCCUCGUUCUAAAUAUACAUGUCCGGAUGAAGCGAUUCCUAACAAUCCUUGGAGAUUUUAGUCAUUGGCGACGCUCGUGGGGCUCAUAAAUUGCGUGCGGGCCAGUAGGGCUGAUUGGCUUCUCAUGCUCGGCCCAUUCUCGCGGUUUGAUUGAUGACGCUGUUUGGAGGACGCGGGAGGCGUUGCUUCUUCACCCUGCCCCCCUCGUCGAGAAAUUAAAAUUUCACACUGAAUUGCAACGUGGACCGCCGACGAUGCUUGCUAUAUCUCGGGCUUGAUAUUCAGCUGCUGCAGAGAAAAGGGGCUUCAGUGAAGAAUAGCGCUCCCCAACGUCCAACGUCUGCAAUUGCACAGAUGUUGCUCGGGUUCUGCAUUCACUACGGUCGCUGGGAGCUGCUCUCAAAUCUUCUGGAGCAUAAAGCUCAUUUCUUGGCCUCGGUCUUUUUCGAAGCGCCAUGGAAGCGCGAAUCCUUGCUUCUCCCUGUUCCCCGCGCGCCCACGCGAUUCCCUGUCAAUAGAACAAAGAUCUGUGAGGAUCGGAUUAUGAGACGCACCUGCAAGGAAGUCAAACUUCUUGUGCUGUGCCUCUUGGCAGAGCCUGGUACUGCAAAUUGUGGUAUUUGUGGAGCGCCCGUGUGCUGCGGUGGAGAGUGGGUUCUUGGCAGCGGAUUACAAACAUGUGCCGGAGCUCUUCUCAUACAGUCUCUUUUACCUUUUCAAGAACUCGUGCGUUGGUGUCAGCUUGGUGGGCUUCAGAAUGUCUCACUAGAAUACUUACGUCACAUCACACCUUGGAUUGGAUUCUGCCUGUGUUUCUAUCCGGUGCUCGGACGCUCAACCUUCAGCGGAGAAUUCUUCCCUAUCAUUGCACAAUUCAGAGGAAAAUGUCAAGGACAGGGAAAGGAAGCAACGGAACUCUACACCCCGCCGACGUGGGACCUGAUUGGAUUCUGGGAGACACGCGACGCGGCGUGAUCUUACAACAAUGACGGGGACGGGAACCUGCUUCUUAAUUUACAAUACGGACAAUUCUAUUCGAUUUUUC